AUGACUACUCCGGUGGUUAUUAAUUCUAGUAGACAGGCUAUUUCUAUUGAAACGGAAGGUGUUCUUAUAUCUUUUGUUCAUGCUAGUUGUUUUCAAGUUACACGAAGAAGCUUAUGGCAGCAGCUUUCUUCAGUUGAUAAUAAUACUCCCCGGUUGGUCAUGGGUGUUCAUAGAAUUAUUUGCAAGUUGGAUUGGGUUGUCAUUAAUGAAGCAUGGCUUACGAAGUUUGAGAAUUGGCGGUGUAAAGCUCUUCCUCGUGAAGUUUCUGAUCAUUCUACGCUUAUAGGAUAUUCUUUUGUAAAUUCAAGACCUAAAAGAGCUCCUUUUAGAGUUCAAAAAAUGUGGUUCACUCAUCCCGAUUUCAUGCUUAUGAUUAUGGAGAGUUGGAAUGCUCAUGUUUCUGGUUCCCCUGCUUAUAUCUACCCCUUCAAGCUUAAGAGAUUAAAGGCUGACAUGAAGGAGUGGAAUUUACGGGUUUUUGGUAAUAUUAAUGCUAGACUCAAACAUGCUAAAUUAAUAAUGGAAGUUGCUCUUCGUAUUUCUGAUGAGGACCCGGAAGACGUAACUAAGCUGAAUUUUGCUGAGGAGGCUUUGGUUACACUUCAGGAAAUCCGUAUGCGUCAAUCCAUUAUGUUGAAGCAAAAAUCUCGUAAUAAGUGGCUUACUGACGGUGCAAGUAAUACUUCUUUCUUUCAUGCCAAUAUUCCAACUCGCAGGAGCAGCAAUAUGAUUUUGGAAUUGGUAGAUGAUGAUGGGAAUAUUCUCUCUAAUUGUGACCAGAUUAGAGAUUAG